AUGCUAGAGACGCUGUUGUCGUUCAUGUUUGUCGGGGCACUCUGGGGAUGCACGAACCCAUUGCUCAAGCAAGGUAGCGGCAAUGCCGCGUACCAGCGAACGAAUGACUCGUUGGCGCAGUAUGCAUAUGAGUUCUACUGCACGCUGACCAAUUGGAAGGUGCACAUAUUCGAAUGGAUCGAGCACGCUGUGAUGUUGUCCAUGUAG